AUGGAGUCCAUCAGGAGGACAUAUGCACACUGUAUUAAGCCUGUUCCAAGCCCAAAAUUUUGGGUUGGAACUGAGUUCUCGAAGCCAGACCCACCUAUUAUCAAAAGCCCAAUUGGACGGCCAAAGGAUGUAUCCAGUAGUCAACCAGGCAGCUCUCCAAACCCCACUGUUGUGGAAUCACCUGCCACAACCAAUCCAACUAUGCCACCAGCUCCAACAAGGGUGACAAGAUCUACACUUAUCAUUUCACCUCCAGGGCCAACAGCCACUCAAACCAGGCCACCUGCCCCAACUAUAGGCCGUCCAUUUCAACCUCCAGGGAAAGCUAAUGACACAUCUCGCCCACAACAAUCCAGGUUCAGACCAAAGCAGAAGAUCUCCAGGCCGUCGGCUCCAAUCACUGCAUCCACAAUCAACACUAAUACACAACAGCCAACCCCAUCUACCAUCCCAUUUGCAGCUCCGAAUCAAGAAGCUCCAUCCCAAAAUUUGCCAACUUCUCCAAAAACAAAGGACUCGAAAGAAUGA